AUGACGGUGACCAUUGGUAAUGGCAAGACGGCGAGCUUCUGGCAUAGCUCAUGGCUGGGAGUGGUGCCUUUGAAGUUUUGCUUCCCAACCCUCUUCAAGCAUUCAAGACGCAAGUGCAGAACGAUGGCUCAAGCCAUCACUGGCGACCGUUGGAUCUCGGACCUAGCACAUGGCAACACCAGCAAACUGGGCAGUGAGGUUCUAAACCUGCAUCGACUAAUACAACAGCAGCAGCUCACCCUCCAGGAGGAAGACCGGGAUCAGAUUCGAUGGAAAUCCGGGCAGUACAACUCCCACUCGGCUUACACCCUACAGUUCCUGGGAGCAACGACCGGCAUGUUCCAUGACCUGAUCUGGGGUACUUGGGCUCCGGCGAAGCUCAAACUGUUUGCAUGGCUCCUCCACCAAAACAGACUGUGGUGCAACGACCGCCUCCAGCGUAGAGGUUGGACCAAUGACUACUUCUACCAGCUCUGCCUUAGAAACCUCGAGUGCUCUGCACACUUAUUCUAG